AAAAUGGUGAACUAUGAAGUGACUGUGACUACUGGAAGCAUUGCUCAGGCCACCACCACAAACAAUGUCUUCAUUAAGCUCGUGGGUACAGAUGGGGAGAGUGAUCGCACAUGGCUCAUUGGUUUCAAGGGAGUUGCUUCCUUUUACAUUGGAACAACAUCUACAUUUAACGUGUCGUGCCCCAAGUCCCUUGGUGAACUGCUGAUAAUACAGCUGGACAAAAAGCCUCUCCCCUUUAUGCCAGAGAACUCCUGGUUCCCCGCUAAGGUGGAAAUCAAGUCCCCAGAGGGACACAUCUACCACUUCCCUAUCUACCGCUGGAUAGAUGACAGCGAGGUUACCCUGUUCAGAGAAGGCAAAGCUCUUAGAGUUUUUGAUGACAAUAAUCCUCUUGGCAUGUACAGCAGACGGAAGGAGCUCAAACAAAGAGAGCAAAAGUACAGGUGGCAUGUGUAUAAGGAGGGGAUAUCACAUUGCAUAAAAGUAGACGAUCCUCUCUCUUUACCUUGCGAGGUCCGCUUUUCCUUUACCAAGGCAACAGAGUUUCUCCUAACUGCGUCUUCUGGGCUGGCCGAGCUCCAACUGAAGGGGUACUCUUGCGUCAAAGAUAACUGGAAAGAUAUAGAUGCUAUCAAGAAGGUCUUCUGCACCAAAUCAACUGCCUUAUCAGACUAUGUCAAACAACACUGGAAGGAGGAUGCUUUUUUUGGCUACCAGUUUCUGAAUGGUGUCAAUCCGAUAUUGAUUCGUCGUUGUUCAGUCAUGCCAGACAACCUACCUGUCACUGACGACAUGGUCAAUCUUCGUGGUGGCAGUAGCCUAGCAGAAGAAAUGAAGAGAGGAAACAUAUUCCUUUGCGACUACAAGCGUUUGGAUGGAGUGAAGCCAAACACCAUCAAUGGAAAGCAACAGUACCUGAUGGCUCCCCUCAUCCUGCUCCACAAAACUCCCGAUGAUAAACUGAUGCCCAUUGCUAUUCAGCUAAAACAGAAGCCAGCUGAAGACAACCCAAUCUUUUUCCCGACUGACUCCGAGUAUGAUUGGUUGCUGGCCAAGAUUUUUGUGAGAAGUGCAGACUUCAGUGAGCACCAGCUUAAUGUUCACCUGUUGCGAACUCAUCUGCUGGCUGAAGUUUUUGCAGUUUCGCUACUGCGUAACCUCCCAAUGGUGCACCCUCUUUUCAAGCUCUUGAUACCACACACUCGCUACACCCUCCAGAUCAACUACCUGGCCCGACUUCUGCUCAUAGCAGAGGAUGGUGUUUUCACUCAAUUUGCAGCUUCCGGUGGGGAGUCUAUGUUCACCAUCCUGAAAAGAGGAAUGUCCUCCAUGACAUACAGUUCCCUCUGUAUACCAGAGGACAUUGCUGAGCGGGGGCUGGACUCUGUGCCAAACUUCUACUACAGGGAUGAUGGACUCAGGCUUUGGGACAUCAUCCAUAGGCACUUGGCGUUAGUUUUGGUGUGUUAUUAUUCAUUUGACUUUGGCUUACAAAGAGACUGUGAAGCGCAGAAGUGGAUUCAUGAUAUCUUUUAUAAUGGAAGUCAUUUGUUAUACUCAGGACUCCCCAAUAGUUUUACCACUGUGGAUGAGCUGGUCAAGUUUGUCACCAUGGUGAUUUUCACUGGCUCAGCCCAGCACUCUGCUGUCAACACUGGACAGUAUGAUUAUGGUGGCUGGAUGCCCAACACUCCUAUCUCCUUGCAACUCCCUCCACCCAGUGUCAAGGGGAAGGCAAAUGAAAGUACUAUGCUGAGGACGUUCCCCGAUGUCAACACCACAGUUAACGGCAUGUCGACCAUGUGGCUACUCAGCAAGCAGUCCACUGAUUUUGUCCCUCUUGGCCGGUACCCAGAUGAACAUUUCAGUGAGAAGGUUCCCUGCAACCUGAUAAAGAACUUUCAAGAGGAGCUGGAAAAUUUAAGCAAAGUCAUCAAAACCAGAAACAUUAAUCUGGAAAUCCCAUAUACAUACAUGGACCCAAUGGCGGUGGAGAAUAGUGUGGCUAUUUGA